CGAACUGCGAGCCGGGCAUCUGACAGCAGCUCCGACUUUUACCUCAGAUUUAAUCUUUAUUUUUUGUUAAAGAAGAAAAGAGAAGAGAGAUUGAGGAGAUUUGUUUUUGUUUCAUAGAUUUUCGGAUCUCUCUUUCUGCUUCCCUCUCCAAUCAGAAAAUUUGUAUUUUUCAUUUUUAUUAAUUUGUCCAGAAGAAGAAUUUUCACUUUUUUUUUAAAGAAUUUUUGGAACACCUCAUUUUCCUCUACAUUCAGAAACCUACCAGUGAUUAUUUUUUAUUGUUCAUUUUUAUAUUUUUUCCAGUACUCGUCUAUUUACAUUUUGGGACACUCUACUCUCCUGUACUUUUUUUUUUCUUAAUUCACCGACCUGCUAUGAACUGUCAGAAGAUUUUUGCUUGAACUUCAUUUUUUUUUUUUUUUCAAAAAACGUUUUAAACAUUUCCAAAUGUUUAGAGAAACUUGGAGGUUGGCUCAGUACCACAGCAUGCGGGCGAUGGAUCAAGAUGAGAUUGAUCUCCCCCCACACAAAGUCAUCAGCCCCCCCAACAGCCUCCCAUACCCCCUGGAGGAGCCAUCUCCCUACACUGAGUCCAGCUCAGAGGCUUUCUCGGGCUAUGAGCAACUGGAGGUUAAAAACUACUCGGAGCACACCAGGCCCGGUGGGCAAGCGCUGAGUCCGAGGAUUGAGAUCACGCCGUCACGUGAGCACUACAACCACGGCCAUGAUUCACUCCAGAACCACCUAGUGAACACCAGCCCCAGACCCACGCUCACCGUGCCCGGCCAAGACACCACCAUCUACCGCGAGCCCCUCUGUCUCAGCCCAGCCAGCAGUAACUCCUCUACUUCCUGGCACUCGGAGACCUACUCCCCCUUCGCCUCGCCCUGCGUGUCCCCCAGCAGUGGACAGACGGUGACCGGGGAGCUGUGCCCUCGCUUCCAAAACAUCCACACGGGCUCGCCACGCACCAGCCCGGGCACCUCUCCUCGCACCAGCCUGGCCGAAGACAGCUACCUGGGCCGCUCCCCUUCCCCCAGGCCCGGCUCUCGCUCCACCUCUCCGCAGGGCAAGCGCACCUACGACAUGUACAGAAACCCCAACCUGAUAGCCCGUUCACGCAGCCCUUCUCCCCACGGCGGCCAUGAUGACCACCACCCCACCAACCAUUAUAGUCCCAACACCCUGCCAGAGGUCAUUAAUGGCUUCGGACAGCCUGGUACAAUGCCCCCCAAGAUAGUCAAAACCAACCAGCAACCCUACGCCCUCUACCCAGAUGCCCACACAGAGGGCUACCUGAUGUCAUGUGACCAAGACAUCAAGACCAAAACCGAGCCUUUCUUCGUCAUCCCUUCCCUGCCCUGGCCCAAGCAGCUGAUGCCUGGCAUCUGCAGCAUCCCGGUGACCUCCCUGCCGUCUCUGGAGUGGCCCCUGCCAAGCCGCACGGACCAGUAUGAAUUACGCAUUGAAGUGCAGCCCAAGCCCCACCACAGGGCCCACUACGAGACGGAGGGCAGCCGUGGGGCCGUCAAAGCUCAGACUGGGGGUCACCCAGUGGUCCAGCUACAUGGAUACAGAGGUAAAGAGCCACUGGGGCUGCAGAUCUUCAUUGGCACGGCAGACGAGCGUAUCCUGAAGCCCCACGCCUUCUACCAGGUGCACCGCAUCACGGGCAAGACCGUCACCACCACCAGCUACGAGAAGAUCAUCCACAGCACCAAGGUCCUGGAGAUCCCUCUGGAGCCGAAGAACAACAUGAAAGCAAUAAUCGACUGUGCCGGGAUCCUGAAGCUGAGGAACGCUGAUAUUGAGCUGAGGAAAGGUGAGACGGACAUCGGGAGGAAGAAUACUCGUGUUCGGCUAGUUUUCCGAGUACACAUACCUCAGCCGGGAGGCCAGCAUAUGUCUCUUCAGGUGGCAUCGCAUCCUAUUGAGUGCUCUCAAAGGUCAGCGCAUGAACUUCCCAUGGUGGAGAAGCAGGACAUGGACAGCUGUUCAGUUCUGGGGGGUCAACAGAUGAUUCUUACAGGACAGAAUUUCAGCGCUGACUCUAAAGUGAUCUUCACUGAGAAGACCCACGAUGGACAGCAAAUUUGGGAAUUGGAGGCCACAGUUGACAAAGACAAAAGUCAGCCAAACAUGCUGUUCAUCGAGGUUCCCCCUUACCGAGACCCAUCUAUCUGCCAUCCAGCUAAGGUCAACUUCUACGUGAUCAACGGGAAGAGGAAGCGCAGUCAGCCUCAGCACUUCACAUACACACCCCUGCCAGCUCCGUCCAUCAAAACCGAACCAGUGGACGAAUACGAGACUGGACAAAUGGGUUACAUCUCUCAGAUUCUGGGAGCUUCAGCCCAAACCUACUACCACCACAACCCACGUGCAGUCCUCAACCCAGACAGUGGCCUGGUCCCCAGCCUGGCGUCCUGCCAGCAGACCCGGCCAGGCAUCUCCCCGCCGGACCCCCGCUUCCAGCAGCACAGUCCCGCCAUCGUUUACUCCCGCACUGAGAAGAGCUUAGGCGGCAGCCUCUACUCUCAAACCGGAUCCAGCAUGGUGCCGGACCCGCAUCGCUCCGUUCUGGUCCACACCGGUUCUCCAGCCCAGUCCUCUCCACUCAGUGCCCAGCAUUCCUCCACCCAGCAUCCCACCAUCAUCCAGUUCUCCCCCACCAACCACCACAACCAGCACCUGCUGCGAGGAGGAGACCCCCCAGCCCCACCACCCCCAGAGCACCAGCACAUCAUCUACUGCGAGGGCUACAACAGUCAGCACGGAGCCCAAGCGGCAACUACCCGAUCCCCAGCUCCCGCACAAGCCCCCCACCCCCAGCACUAUCCCACCGUCAUCCAGCAGCAGCAGCCCUACGCCCAGAGAAGCGCCAAAGACAGAUCCCCUCCCGGCCAGGCGGAUCCACAGAGGUGUUCCCCUGCUGAGGAACAGAGAGCCUCCGUACCUGGACGGGUCACCGUCAAGCAGGAGAACCUGGAUCAGGCCUACCUGGAUGAUGUAAAUGAGAUCAUAAGGAAGGAUCUGACGGGCGUGCACAGCAGAGGACAGACAUAAAGAGAAAGAAUGCAGCAGGAAGUACGUGGGAAUUCUUCUUCUUCUUCUUCUUUUUCGGCGACCGGUCCUUCCUCUGGGUCAUCUUGCAGUUUUACAGACACCACCAGCACCACCAGCCUCCACUGAACCGCGAGGAGGACGGCAGUGAUAAUCCACGCUCCUGUUCAGCUGUUCUAGCUGCACUUUCUGACCUACAGACUCUUUCGAACGCCAAACGGAUCAUUCCUCACAGCCUCACAACCAAAACUCAUCUGAACCAGCCGUUUGGACACCAGUUUGUUGAGGUUUAAACACUCCAGCAGUUUAAAAAGCCAAAAUCCAGCCCUGACCGGUGGUGAAAUGUGGCCAGGGAUGACCUCAUAUGUCAUUGUGUCAGUGGCUUAUGUUCUCCAAGCCUCUCAAACAGUUUAGAUUGGAUAAAAUGAGCUAAAAUGAGCUAUUUUCUUCUACUCUGAAAAAUUAUUUCAUUUUUUUUCACAGCCCUCUGGCUCACGUUAGUAAACUAUUUCUGAAGUGUGUCUGGAACAAUUGCUUCACCCCGCAUGGCUUUGUGUGUAGAUCAGUGGUGUCGGCAUCACUCACUUACUUUUGAUGCUCAAAUAGAAGAUUUAAAUAUAAAAUUAAUAAAUGUAAAAUUGGCAUUCGCUAAGAGCCCUAUAUGUUUUGUAAUUGCUUGUAAUUAAUUGCACUGUUUUUUACAGAGUUACAGAGAAUCCUUAAACAAGCAAAGUGCGCUCUUCUUUUUCUUAAUACCAGUGAAUUAUAUUCACUUUUGUAUAUAGUUUCUCUGCAAAGUUUAAUUUUUUUUAUAUUUUUACAUAUUAUGUAUAUUUUAUUCUAUUCAGCAUCUAGAGCUUGUGUUGUAGAGAAUAGAGAUAAUGGAGUUUUUUUUAGCUUUUCCGUGCUCUGUAAAUAAUCAAACUAUGACCAUCAUGUCAGCCUGAGUGCCUUUAGCUACCAAACUAUGCUAAACUAUACUAAACUGUACAGAAUCUCAACAACUUUCCUUAUCGAAAGAAUGACUUUAAGACCCUGUUUACACCUGUUUAUACCUAUCUGAAUUUAGGUAGCCAAAUAAGUGUCCAGUUAAUAAGACUGAAAUCUGAUUGCUGUCUGGGAUUAAAUAUGCAAAUUCACUUUAUGCAAAUUCACCAAUUAUUACUGGUGUUUCUGUUGUACCGGGACAGAUUAUUGUUGGUAUAUCGUGGCUCAAAUGCAUGUUAAAUUGUUUUUUUUUUUUUCCUCAAAAUUUUUUGUGAAUUAAAAAAAAAAAAGCAUAAAUAGAUAAAUAUUGCUUUUAACGCUAGGGUGAGGUUGGGUGAGGACUACCCUAUACUGCCCUAUACAUUGCAAUAUUCAUAUAUUAGAUAAUAUAUUACUCUACACUCUCCCACACCCCCCUGUACUCCCUUAUACUCCCUAUACUCCCCUAUACACCAAUAUAUUACCCUACACUCUCCUAUACUCCCCUACACCACCCUUUAAUCUCUGAUACUCCACUAUUUUAUCCUACACUACCCUAUAUUCUCCUAUACUGCCCUAUACUACCCUACACUCCCCCAUACUACCCUACACUUCCCUAUACUACCCUACACUCCCCCAUACUACCCUACACUUCCCUAUACUACCCUACACUCCCCCAUACUACCCUACACUUCCCUAUACUACCCUAUACUCUCCUAUACUGCCCUAUACUACCCUACAUUUCCCUACAAUCUCCUAUACUCCUCUACAAUAUCCUAUACCACCCUAUAUACUCUAUAAUCCCCUUUACUACCCUUCACUACUCUAUACUCCCCUAUACUAUGUUACACUCCCCUGCACCACCCUUUAAUCUCCUACACUCUGCAAUUUUACCAUAUACUCCCCUAUACUCCCCUACACUACCCUUCAGUACCCUUCUACUCCCCUAUACUAACAUAUACUACCCUAUACUCUCCUACACUGCCCUACACUACCCUUCACUACCCUGUACUCCCCUAUACUAACAUAUACUACCCUACACUCCCCUAUACUCUCCUAUACUAUCCUAUACUGCCCAAUACUACCCUUCAUUUCCCUACAAUCUCCUAUACGCCUCUACAUUACCCUAUACUACCCUAUAUACUCUAUAAUCCCCUUUAAUACCCUUCACUACUCUAUACUCCCCUAUACUAUGUUACACUCCCCUACACCACCCUUUAAUCUCCUAUACUCUGCAAUUUUACCCUACACUCCCAUAUACUCCCCCACACUACCCUUCACUACCCUGUAGUCCCCUAUACUAACAUAUACAACCUUAUACUCUCCUAUACUGCCCUACGGUACCCUACAUACUCCUAUACUGCCUUUUUACUACCCUACAUUUCCCUAUAAUCUCCUUUACUCCUCUACAUUGCCCUAUAUACUCUAUAAUACCCUUUACUACCCUUCACUACCCUAUACUCCCUAUAUACUCUAUAAUCCCCUUUAAUACCCUUCACUACUCUAUACUCCCCUAUACUAUGUUACACUCCCCUACACCACCCUUUAAUCUCCUAUACUCUGCAAUUUUACCCUACACUCCCAUAUACUCCCCCACACUACCCUUCACUACCCUGUAGUCCCCUAUACUAACAUAUACAACCUUAUACUCUCCUAUACUGCCCUACGGUACCCUACAUACUCCUAUACUGCCUUUUUACUACCCUACAUUUCCCUAUAAUCUCCUUUACUCCUCUACAUUGCCCUAUAUACUCUAUAAUACCCUUUACUACCCUUCACUACCCUAUACUCCCUAUACUUCCCUACGUUACCUAUGAUCUCCUAUACUUCCCUACACUACUACUAGUACUAGCCUGUACUACUCUAUACUCCCCUAUAAUACCUAUAGUCCUGUGGAUGGUCUAAUCAACACUUAAAAUUCUAAAUCUGUGCCCUGCUCUGCCAGAACUGUCUGGUGUGUUUGUGCUCCCAGAUGUGUGGUGAAUGAUGCCAGGAUGUACAGAGAUUUUAGCUCCCAUUAAGGGGGCCACUGCUCAUCCUGCCUGGUGCCCCCUUAACUGCAAACAAUCACAGAAAGACUGUAAAUGUCUUAAAAUUUGAUUCAGGCAGAGUUAAAUAUCUCCAUUCAGCUUGUCCUAAUAACCGUAGCCUAUAUCUAUCUAUAGUUAAUUCCUGUUCUAACUUUUUUGCCAUCCUUUUGGCCAGAUUACUGUAACUGCACAUACAUUUUGUGAAUUUCGGAAACCUGGCUUCAGACCACCUCCCUAAGUAGUUUAAGUGAUUGGUAUCUGCUUUAAAUGAGUCUUGGUUAUGUUUACACUUGCAUUUUUGAUGUGGUUUGGUCUAAUCCAGAUGUAAUCCUGAUACGUGUUCAGGUGUAAAUGGGGUCUAAUAUUCUGCAUUUUUUAUAAUAUUCACAUUGAUUUAUAUUAGAGACUGUGAGGAGAAACUGCAAGAAUUUGCACUAGAAUUUCCCUGAUGUAAAUGUUUUUUUUUUUGUUUUUUUUUUUUAAGUUAUAUUGUAAGGAUAUUGUGCUUCAUCUCAAAGCAAAUUUUGCCAUAACAGAUAUGAUAAUGACAAAGCCAAAAGUCAUGGGAUAGCGGAUGACUUGGUAACACCCACGCUUAUGUAUAAGUUGCGAGGUUUUAUUUAAAAGUGAUGAAGAGUGAUGCUAAACACUAGCCAGUGUGCUCAUGGAUACUUGUUUCUAUCCCAUUACUUUUGGCAUGUCAGUGUAUAUUUCUUGGUGCAUUCUAAUUGUAAUAAUGAUGUCGUCUAAGGACAAUAAAAAAGGGAUUUAUUAAGCAAAGAAUUUAAGCUUUGCUGAUUAUCUCUCGAGGGGAUUGUCUCUAAGGGCACUUUUUUAAUUAGUGGCACUUUUUUUUAUUCAGAUUUUAUAUGAGAUGGUUUUGAUAAGAGUCAUGUAACAAUAUAUGUGCCUUUACAUAACAGCUAAAUGACUUGUAUUCUGGCCUUAAUUGAAUAAAAUAAUAAUGCAAUGUUUGUAAUUAAUAACUUUUAAAAUAUCCCAGCUCGUUAUAUAUUUGUAAAUGUAUUAACUUGAGCCGUUUUUUUUUUGUUGUUGUUGUUGUGCAUGGUGCUCUUAAUAUUGCGGCAAUUCCCUGAAUGUAAACCCAUUUUUUAUGUUGUAUUAGUUGUGGUUUUCUCUAUUCUUCUCUUUUUUUAAAACUGUAAAUACAUUGAGCUAAAAGUGUAUAAAAUACAUGUGUUAUCUUCUUAAAGAGUUACCUUAUUAGAGUGUCGGUAACAAGUAGAGAGAAAUAUUUUUUAUGAACUGAAUCAGUUGCUUUUUUUUUUUUUUUGCUACUUACUGUCAUGUAACCAAAGCUGUAGUAAUAUGAACUGCACACUGCAUUUAACUUUUUAUAAUAUUAUUAAUAUAAUAAAGAUAAUGCUGUUUUAAAAAAAAAAAGGUUUGCCAAAGAAAAAAUAUAUCUUUUUUUUUAUAAGGGAUUCAUGCAAGUUUGACUUAAUCCAGCUUUGCAAUGAAUGUUUGGAAGCUUGUCAAAAACAUGAGCAAUAAAUCUGACUGAAGAGCU